CUGUUCCCAUGCUGAGCCGGGGUGGUUGCCGGGCCCUCCUCCCGGCGGUGCUCUCCGUAGUGCUCCGGAAACAGCCGAGUGGGUUCGCCAGGCGGUCCUCGGUCUCUGAGGUUCUAUGUCGCAGAAUGAGCCCGACUCUGCCAAAGACCUCAGGGCUCUACACGAUAAUGGCAGACCCUUGGCAGGAGUGCAUGGAUUAUGCAGUGAUCCUCGCAAGACAAGCUGGAGAGAUGAUUCGUGAAGCUCUAAAGAAUAAGAUGGAUGUCAUGAUUAAAAGUUCUCCAGCCGACUUGGUAACAGUUACUGACCAAAAAGUUGAAAAAAUGCUUAUGUCUUCUAUAAAGGAAAAGUACCCAUAUCACAGUUUCAUUGGUGAAGAAUCUGUGGCAGCCGGGGAAAAGACAGUCUUCACAGAGCAGCCCACGUGGAUCAUUGAUCCCAUUGACGGGACGACCAACUUUGUGCACCGGUUUCCCUUUGUAGCUGUUUCGAUUGGCUUCGUCGUAAAUAAAGAGAUGGAGUUUGGAGUUGUGUACAGCUGUGUGGAAGAUAAGAUGUACACCGGCAGGAAAGGAAAAGGCGCCUUUUGUAACGGUCAGAAGCUUCGGGUCUCGAAGCAGGAAGACAUUACCAAAUCACUCUUGGUGACCGAGCUGGGCUCGUCCAGAAAGCCAGAGACUUUGCGGAUUGUUCUCUCCAACAUGGAAAGGCUUUGCUCCAUUCCCAUCCAUGGAAUCCGGAGUGUUGGAACAGCGGCUGUUAAUAUGUGCCUUGUGGCAACGGGAGGAGCGGAUGCCUAUUACGAGAUGGGGAUCCACUGCUGGGACAUGGCUGGAGCUGGCAUCAUCGUCAUAGAGGCUGGCGGAGUACUGCUGGAUGUGACAGGCGGACCAUUCGAUUUGAUGUCCCGGAGAAUAAUUGCCGCAAGUAAUUUAGCAUUAGCAGAAAGAAUAGCCAAAGAACUUGAGAUAAUACCUUUACAACGAGACGACGAAAGUUAGGCACGCAGAACAGCGUCCAGCUCCGUCACACCUGCUCUCCCUGGGAUGUUUAAGAUGUAUGAUGUCACUGAUUUAAAUUUAACUUUGCAGUCCUGAUUUUUAAGCGGGAACUUUUUUUUACAGAUGACAUGUUCAAAAGUAGAUGGAAUAUUUGAUUAUUGAAAGAAAAUUUGCAUGUAAUAAUAUCCUUGGGGAAAAUAUACAGGAAGUAUAAUUAAUGAACUAGCCAUUGAAAUAGUCCCCAGCCCAUAUGAUCCUCUUCAACUUAAUAUACUAUUUAUAUGCACAGUUCUUAACGAGAAAGUUUUCUUUUUUGUAAGCAGUUUUCUCUUUGUUCCAAAAGCCAUAUUUGAUUAAGGCUGUAAGGCUGUAGCCAGCAGGCUCUCCCUGUGCAGAGGGCCUUCGUGUUUUAUUAAUCACUGUAAUACAGCACCUGGUGCAGAGCCAGUCAGACAGUAGGCGAUCUCCAAUCGACACCUCACACUGAGUGCUUGAAGCUGCAAUUCCUGCUUCUAAUGUGUCAGAAUAAGAUAACCAUUGUACUGUCGCUUCCUGUUUUGAAGUAAAAGUUUCCUCACUGUCCUUUUACAUUUCAUAUUGCUGUGCCAUUUCAUAGGGCCACCCUGUCAGAGGCCAUUGCUUCUAGUUGGCAUUUCUGCAGUUAGUAUACUGCUGUGUGUUGUAGGUUCUGUUCGGAGCCCCCAUGCUAGAGAGAAAUUUCCACAGACGUCUUCCAUGUACCUGGUGCAGUUAGUGGCAGUGUGACGUUUUACGAAAUGCAGUAUUCACAUUCAGAUCCAUACCGUGGUGUUGGCUGGGCUGACCUGUGUGUUGUGGCGUUCAUGGUGAACUUUUUGAUUUCUUUCAAAACUUGCUGAAUUUCACCACUGCUCUCUCUGGAUAUUCUAUAAGGUCUUGGGCCUCUCAAACACAAGAAAAUGCAAUGACUCCCAUUCCUUCUCAAAGGAUUAAUUCAUUGUCCAGCCUUGGCACCUGGCAUAGGAGCAGACUUUGUUCUUAGUAUGUUUGAACCUUGCGUUGGAUAAAAUGAGGUGUUCUUGUAAAGUUCCAAGGCAGUUAUUACCUUGUUGUUGGACGAUUUGAUAUAUUAAAUCUAUAUGAUACUCUGAUUUGGACCGUGCAAUUACUGUAUUUAUGCUGCUAAUUACAUGCAUUUAAAACAUCAUGAACCAUGUAAAUCCUAUUACAAGACAGGUUGCUUUUGCAAUUAAAUUUAUUUACUUACAAAUAA